CUUUAUGGUAGAGAUCAUGAUGAGAGGUUGUAAAAUGGGUUUGUUGAUUGUUGGUUUGAUUUUGAUGGAAUGUUUGUUGAGUAAUAAUGGAGUUGAUGGGGCUAAUAACAACAAGAAGAAGGCUGUGGGAGCUUCAUUUAUCUUUGGUGAUUCAUUGGUUGAUGCUGGAAACAAUAACUAUUUGCCCACUUUGUCUAAAGCUAAUCUUCGUCCUAAUGGUAUGGAUUAUAAGCCUUCUGGAGGCAAACCUACUGGCCGAUUCACCAACGGCCGAACCAUUGGCGACAUCGUCGGUGAGGAGUUGGGAAUACCAAACCAUGCAGUGCCAUUUCUAGACCCAAAUGCCACCGGAAAAUCAAUAUUGUACGGCGUUAACUAUGCUUCUGGUGGCGGAGGAAUUCUCAAUGCUACCGGAAGAAUCUUCGUAAACAGGUUGGGAAUGGAUGUUCAAGUUGAUUUCUUCAAUGUAACAAGAAAACAGUUCGAUAAAAUGAUGGGUGCAGAAAAGGCAAAAGAAUAUAUUGGCAAAAGAUCCAUAUUUUCCAUAACAAUUGGAGCCAAUGACUUCUUGAAUAAUUAUCUUCUUCCGGUGCUUUCCGUUGGUGCUAGAAUCUCACAAACCCCCGAUGCUUUCGUUGAUGAUAUGAUCUCUCAUCUUAAAAACCACCUCACUAGACUAUAUAAAAUGGAUGCUCGAAAAUUCGUAGUGGGAAAUGUUGGACCAAUAGGAUGCAUACCAUACCAAAAGACCAUAAACCAAUUGAAUGAAGAUCAAUGUGUUGAUUUGGCCAACAAAUUAGCCCUUCAAUACAAUGCCAAAUUGAAAGAUUUGCUUGCCAAUCUUAACAAAGAUCUUCCUUCCUCCACUUUUGUCUAUGCCAAUGUCUAUGAUCUUGUCAUGGACCUCAUCGUCAACUAUGACAAUUAUGGAUUCAAGACAGCAAGCAGAGCAUGUUGUGGAAAUGGAGGGCAAUUUGCAGGAAUAAUACCAUGUGGACCUCAAUCAAGUUUAUGCAGUGAGAGAUCAAGACAUGUCUUUUGGGAUCCUUAUCAUCCAAGUGAAGCUGCCAAUCUUAUUAUUGCCAAGAAAUUGCUUGAUGGUGAUCAUAAAUUCAUUUUCCCUUAUAAUCUUAGACAGCUUCGUGACCUUUAAGAAUAAUCUCAUAUAUAUAUGUUUCAAUUCAAGAACAACAAAGGAUUAAAUUUGACUUUGAGUUUAUAUAUAUAGAUAUAUAUUCAUCAUAUGUAUGGUGUACUAUAACAUGUUUUUGCAUUGCCUUUAAACUUGUUUGACGAUUUGCCCCCAUGGUAAUAAUGGGUUGCUUUUCCUUUCAUUUUUCUUUUCA